AUGUCGUCGACGACAAGUACUAGGAUAAAUAAUAUUAAUGAAUUACCUGUGGACACAUUGGUCAAGUUGUUCACUUAUGUCAAUAGGACUAAUAAUGCAUCGUAUUGGUUGGUGAACCAUGCAUUGGUGUGUCGUCUGUGGACUGAGAAGGUGCUGCCGCAGGCAUGGCACGAGUUGUCAAUCUCCACCAAUCAGCCACCCGACCCCCUCAUCUACUAUUAUGAGCGCGGAAUCAUUCCGGGCGGCCAACCACUGCUCUACCGCCGUCUGGUGAUGCGCGUCGGCAAGGUGGCCGAGUACCUGGACAUCCUCAAAUCACUGACGACGGUGGACCUGCGCAACAACCCGUCGACCAACUCGAUAGUCGAUCGCCUGGCCGACACGCUCAAGUCCAACACAUCGAUCACCAGCCUCAACCUGUACAACAACCGACUGAUGCACAAGGGCGGCAUCACGAUCGCCAAGGCACUGGAGCGCAACACCCAUCUGCAGCAUCUGGACCUUGGCCUGAACAUGCUGGGCACGAAUGGCGGUCAGGCCAUCGGCGAGAUGCUCAAGAAGAACGCGUCGCUCACACACCUCGACCUGUCGUCCAACCAGCUUGGCAUCCGCGGCGCAGGCCCCAUCGUCGAGGCGCUCAAAGUGAACAAGGCGCUCAAACUGCUCGUGCUGCACUCGAACCAGCUGCGCGAUGAGUGCGCUCUGCCCCUGGCAGACGUGCUGCGCCAGAACGUCGGCUUUGUCCAGCUCGGCCUCAACGACAAUGAGAUCGGCGCCAAGAGCGGAGUGGCGUUGGCACGCAACCUCAAGACGAUGAAGGCGCUGUCCCAGUUGGACUUUGGCAAGAACGAGCUGGGCGACGAUGGUGGCCUGGCCAUGGCCGACACGAUCAAGGCCAACAAGGCCAUCACAGCGGUCAAUCUCAGCUGGAACAAGUUGGGUGCCAAGGCGGCCAAGGCCAUCUCGGACGCGAUCAAAGUCAACACAUCAGUCACAACAUUGGACCUCAGCUUCAACAACAUUGGCAGCGAGGGACUCAUCGCGCUUAGCGAGGCGCUCAAGACCAACAAGUCAAUCUGGUAUCUGGACUUGAGCCGUGUGACCUCGGGCAGUGAUGGCCACAUCGCCCUUGCCGGCGCAUUGCAGGUGAACAACACACUACAGCAUCUGGACCUCAACAACUGCAAGAUGGCCAACGAUGCUGGUAUCGCCAUCGCCCAGGCGCUCGUGGCCAACCGCACUCUGUCCACUCUGGUGCUAUCCAACAACAACACGUUUGGCAAGGAGACGCUGGCUGCAUUUGGCCAGACACUGGCCACGAAUCGCGCACUCAUCAAUCUUGCAUUCGCCACAUGCGCACUCAACGCCGAAGCUGUCGAGGCACUGUUCACCUCGCUGGCACAAAACAAGUCACUCAUCCGUUUGGACGUGUCAGGUAAUCCGCUGGGUCCUGAUGGAGGCGCAGCCAUUGCGCGUCAUCUCCAGACGGCGCCACUACUAGAAUUGGUGUUGCAGAACUGCCAGCUGGGUGGCACUGGCGCCACCGCCGUGCUGGGCGCACUGUCCACAUCACUUCAAUCAAUUGAUCUGUCCAACAAUCAGAUCACACCCAACGCUGGCGCGGCGCUCACUCUGGCACUGUCAGCUGGACAUCUUAGCAAGGUGAACAUCGCCAGCAACAAGCUGGACGAUGACAACACACAACAAUUGAGCUCAGUGUUCCAGACCACUCGCUCACUUAUCCACAUCCAAAUGGUGUCCAAUCAGUUCUCCAAGGCAUCAAACAACGCCCUGCUCAAUGUCAUCAAGAAGAACAAGUCCAUCUUCUUCUACGACCUUGUCGAGGAGAUCUAA